AGGAAGUGUUCUGUCACUCCGACGUUGAUUGUGCAGGCUGCUGCUUCUGCUGCUGUCUGCAUUCAGUUAAACCGCUGCUACAUCAGAGGUAUGAGCUUCAUCUGACACCUGCUGAAGAUCUCUUUCCUCCCGGACAAACACAUGGACAGAGUCACAUUCGGACAGCAUGGGCUCCAGACUGAAACAAAACCCUGAAGGAACCUUCUACUGGUUCUUUGAAGCAACUUGUCCUGUAACCAGAGACAAAGAUCCUGGAGUGCUGUUUCAGUUUCCAGAGGACUUCAGUGAUGAGGAAUCCUGCCAAACAUUACCCAGGUUCUGCUUCCCUUAUGACAUACAGAGAGCGAGGGAUGCAGUGGCCGUGCAGCACUUUACUUUUGUCCUGACUGACCUUGAGGGAUGCCAGCGCUUUGGCUUCUGUCGCCUCGCCAACAGCACACAUACCUGCCUCUGCAUCCUCAGUUAUCUUCCAUGGUUCGAAGUGUUUUACAAACUCCUCAACAGCUUGGCUGAUUACCUUUCAAAGGGCCAGACCAAUGAGAUGAAAGCGCUCCUGACUGCACUCUACAAGCAGCCCGUGCCGCUGGCAGAUGGAUCUGUCACUCUGCAAAUGGGAGAGCAGCUGUUGGUCAGCACAGAGGUGUCCCAUCCUGUUGGACACCCAGAGGGACAAGAGGGGGUUCCAUAUUUUAUUGCUCCAGACCCCAAAAGUCUUCCUUCCAUCCCUGAAAAUAGGAACCUGACCGAGCUGAUUGUGGCAGUAGAUGUGGGGAACCUGCUUCAGCUCUACGCCAGCAUGCUGUUCGAGAGACGCAUCCUCAUCUUUGCCAGCAAGCUCAGCACCCUGACAUCUUGCGUACAUGCACUCAGUGCUGUGUUAUACCCCAUGUACUGGCAACACAUCUUCAUACCUGUCCUACCACCCCACCUACUGGACUACUGCUGUGCACCCAUGCCUUACCUAAUAGGGGUCCACACCAGCCUGUCUGAGAAGGUGAGGAGUCGUGGGUUGGAGGAAGUUGUAAUUCUUAAUGUGGAUACAAACACGCUGGAAACCCCGUUUGACGACCUUAAGAGGAUACCUUCAGAUGUGAUGUCCGGGCUGAAGGUGUGUUUGAAGCGUCAGGCGGUGUCACCCGGCUGUGGUGUCUCUCGGGCCUUCCUCAGAGCUCAGGCUUUGCUGUUUGGAGGCUACAGGGAUGCACUGCAAGGUCACGAGGAAGAUGAAAUAUGUUUCUGCGAAACACUGUUUUUAGAUCACAAGUCUUCCAGUAUGAAGCAGUUCCUGCAGAGUGCGGUUCAUUUACAGUUCUUUAAACAGUUUAUUGAUAGUCGCUUGGACAUUCUGAACAAAGGAAAGGAACUAGAUGACCUCUUUGAAGAGGAGAUAAUAAAAUGUGAAACAGCAGCAGGAAGAGGCAAAUCCUAUCAACAGUUAGUUGGUAAUUUAAAGAAAGGGGGAGGAGCUUUCAUCCUCACCAUGAAGUCUAAAGCAAACAUGGGGGCCAAAGGUCUCACCAAGUCCGGUUUGAAAAACCUGCUGAUGCACAAGGUCCAUCAAGAAGAAUACACCCUGCAGAGAGGUGGCUCGAUAACACACCGUCGUGUCCAAUCUGACUGCUUACAGAACCGACUACCAAUCACACAGCACUUUGGAAAGUCACGUCCCCGUCGGCCUGUUCACAAACAGACUCCCAGAGACAAGGAAAACAUGAAGGACACUGGAGACACAUCAGAUGGACCUGUGCCCGGGCCUGUGGUCGAGGAUGACUCUGACCUGAAGGAUGAUGAAGAAGAAGGGGAAGAUUCACUGCUGUGUGACCCAGAGGAGAUGGAUCUUCUUGGGGAGAUCUUUGACACACUCAGCUCCCGGAGCUCCCACGAGCGUGGCCUUCUGUACGGCACUCGCAGCCUGGAUCUGUUUGGACCAGACAGCCACGACUUUAUCAUGAAGCACGGUCCAGCCAACCCCAGCCAGGAGAGCCUGUCUCUGUCCAUGAGCGGCAGUGAAAGCCUGCACAGCUGGAAUCUGGAAACAACAGAGGAAUUGUCAGACCUGACUGAGGACUCUGACUGGCUGUGCCUGGACACCAGCGUACCAGAGGAAGACAGGACAGAGAGUCUGCUGACAGCAUGUGAGAAAGAAGAGCAAGAAAGGGGGCAGAGGCAGGACGGAGAGGAACGGGAAGAAGUGAAGGUAGCAAUAAAUGGGAACCGAAAAGAAAUAGAUGACAAGAAUAACAUUAAGGAAGUAAAAUCAGAAGAAGCGAGAGAAAAAGAUCAGGAAAAGAAAGUGAGUUUAGGCGAGGACCCUGUAAGUGAAAUGGCUGAGAAACGAGAGAACGAAAGUUUGGAAGAAGCUGUGGGACAAGAGACGGACAGAGGAACAAGUGAAAUGCAAAAGAUUGUGUCAAGAGAAGAAGAGAUCCAGGAGAAGAAAAGCAAAGAAGUGGGAGACUCUUUACACAAACUUGUUAAACUGAAUCCCAGCUCUGUGGAGGAGCAGCAACGACAUGAGGCAAAUCCAGAAACUACAGUCCCUCCUGAGCCUCAGAGGCUCGCUGCUGACCUUAAACCUCCAGCAGGUCAGGAACGAAAGAGCGAAGAAGCAGCAAGAACAGAGGAGCAAGAGGUACGACAGAUCCGCUCUCCUCCUAAAGUGCAAUCUGCUGUGGAGCGCUUCCAGUCUCAAGCGUCCAGCCCAAGCUUCCAGGUGAAGUCCAGGACCAAGGCCUUGUCUGAACCUCCGACACCUUCCAGCGUAUUUCGAAGCAGGGAGGGCGCACAAACUCACCUGCCGUGUGACUUACCCCACACAAACAACCGCUCGGAGGCACCUGAAGAAGAGGAACGGCCUGCAAUCAAAGUGUCUGAACUGAAGAAGAGAUUCGAGGCUUAAAGGACGAGGCUGCUUCCAGUUGUUUGUUAAUGUCAACAAAUUCUAUGAAAAGACUGAAGUGAUGUAUGUGCCUCCACAUUUCUCCUGCGCAUCUGUGACUCUGUGUGUUCCUGUUGAGGUUAUAAAUAUUUAAAACCGGUCACAGCUAUAUUGCUUCAUUUUAAAGAAGGGCUCAGUCAAUUCCUAUUUCAGCAUUUAUCAGGGGGAUAUUUUUUAAGAUUUGGUGCUCUUGUGAGUAUUAAUGGCAGCAGGACGGAGUCAUAACAAACUACAGUAUUUUCCCACGGUAAUUAACAAACGUGUUCCCCAGUGAUGCUCAUUCAUGUUUUUAACAAUUCUCUUUUUUCUGCAGUAUUUCUUGACAAUAACAAACACAGAAUAUCGCCAGACUUCUUUUAGGGGUCAUUUUUGCAAUAUUUAUACAGAUUUUGAUGUUUCUCUGAAUACUGUUUGACUAAUAAAAUGGUGACAUGCACUUAGAAUUAAGAGCGCUAGGAACAAAUGACUGAAAUAAAACAAAAUCUGUGCCAGUGAG